GUAACGUGUAUCUGCCAUGACGUCAGAGGUGACGUCGCUAUUGCACCACCUUGCAAUUUAAAGGAAUUCAAUGUUAUUUUGUUUACGUCCCUGACAACAGUAAGACUUCUCUGUCUCUCUCAUAUUUACGAGACUGAGUGUAGGGUUGUAAUUUGGAGUAUGUUAGUAUAACCACAAAGAAACAAUGGACCAAGACAUUGCAACCCAAGAUAUAGACUCUGGUGGUCUACAAGUGACUAACCUAUCAGAAGAUGUUUUGGUCAAGAUCUUAAUGGAAUGUUCUGCGCACGAUCUCGUUGCAAUCAGCACUACAUGUAAAUUAUUCUAUCGUCUAGCAAGGGAUGAGCUGAUUUGGAAAGCUAUCUGUAAAAGAGAUUAUAACAUUUCACAAGAUGAUAUUGGAGACAAUGAUUCAUAUUACAAGCUCUAUGCAAACUUGUUACACAAAUAUGGCUGGUUGCAAGGGACGUACCAGACUGAAGUUGGCCCAUAUGGGGAACUCAUGGAAGUUAAGUUUGAGAAUGGGUGUAUAAAAGGUUUGAACUGGGAGAUUGGUUCAGAAAUAGAUGUAGAUGCCCCACUCAGUCAGUAUGUCCUGUUCUCUAUCAAAGGCAACAAGAAAUCUCCUGAGGGUGUCUGUCUACCAGACAUUGCUCCUCAUUCAUGCUCACUUGUUUUGGACAAGAGGAAAGGUCAUAUAAAACAACACUGCUCAGAGCCCGAUAAUCAUAUACAGGCCCUUGUAGAAUACAUCAUUAGUGGCAAGCAUACGGAAUCAGGAUGGGUGAAUAGAUUGAAGAUGGUGUUUUUGAAUGAAGUACUAGCUUCAGGAGCUCUGCACCAGCCAAUCUUCAUCCCAGGGCCUCAAAACAUACCAGAAGAGCUCCUUAUGAAGGAUGGAACACUCCCAGCACAGUUAAUCACACCAGGACUUUUUAAGGGUUCCUAUGGAAGCCAUGGCACCGAGCUCAUUUUGUUCAAGUACAAAGAUGAGAAUGAGCUUCAUGGCAUAAAGGUAACUGGAGAUCCAAAUGUGUAUGCAGGGAAGAUUACAGUCAAAGUGUCACUUAGGUUUCCUGUCAAACCUCUCACUAGAGAAGAGCAAAGGUCCUAUGAAAUUUUGAAAGACAUCGAGCCAGAACAGAGUGCAGAACCUAUCUCCAGCAUCAAACCACAAACCUUCAUUCCCCCAGAUGGUUUUGAUCUUCGUGACACAUCUCCUCCUGACAGUUGUAAAGCAAGAUAUCAUGGUUUUGGUCAGAUAGCAUUUGAAGGAUUUCAACACCCCAACUUCAUUGGAGCACAUAUCAUGGUGUUCAACAAUGACCUGCUCGGAGUUGCCUGGAUUACUCUGGAAUCAUUCAGUCUGUUUCGACGUGUUGAGAAUACUUUUACCCCAAAUAUCCUGACUGAUAUUGAGAGCGCUUUAUAAGAUGGAAAUAAGAUACAUUUGUUGAGCAGCACUUUCACUCCAUGCUGGAUAUAUGUGUGCGUGCGUGUGCGUGUGUGUGUGCAUGUGUGUCUUUUUUUUUUUCUUUUUUUCUUUUUUCUUCAGUCUGCCUUAGUUGUUCUUUAGAGAUUUGUUGGCUUUCUCAUCUCAUGCAUUUGAUGUACAAUAAUUAUGGUUUAAUUUGCAAAGGCAAAGAAAUUUACAUCAAUGAUAACAGUAAUGUGUUUGUAUUAUUGACACAUUAUCUCCCAGUUAAAAAUGGUUAUAAGAUCUUUUUAUUUGAUCUAACUGUUAAAUACUGUUUGGAAUUCUGUAAGGAAGAUUUUCUGUUUUUUAAAAUUGGUCACAAAAAAAUUGUAUACUCUUAUUUGAAUGAUUGUAAAUUUUUCUUUAUUCGGGGUUCACUUAUGUAUUGUUUUGAAUGGUUGUAGUUUUUCUUUAUUCAGGGUUUGUUUGUGUUACUUGAAUGUUUUUUUUUUUUU